AUGAAGUAUCUGAUAAAAGUGCCAACCACAACACAGCCCUUGGAGUGGACAGAGUUACACACCCCUGGGGUGGAUAAAAUGAUUAUCCUUGGAACCGUGGAAUCCAUCUCCAUCAGCAAUCAUGCUGCAUCCAUCCUAGCGAUCGGCCGUUUCUUACUCGUUACACACCCACCAGCAACCACCAGCACCAGCGCUACCACUCCCACUACGACCGACCAGCGUAAACCUUCCACCCAUGCUAACCAUCCUUCGACCAACCCUGCCAUUCUCUUCCAUUCCCAUCCACUACGACUGCUCCACUGCCCGGAGAAGAGUCAAAAUCUUCCCUCACCCUCGCUCGCUCGCCCACCCCAGCGCUGCAGACACUGA